UAGAACAUCGUGGAGUGCCGAUUCGAGAUAGUAUUAAAUUUGUUAUAAAUUUAUCAUUUUAGAUAAUAGAAUCGCCUGAAGGUAUACUCAAAUGUCUGAGUCAGAUCUUCUAGCUGCAGAUCACAUUGAUGGUCUAGAUGGUCUUGAAAAUGGUCAAGAUGGAGAUGCCAUUAUGCAGUGUGAUGGUGUAAAGCGGGAAUUAAAUGAAGCAAACAUUGAUGAUCCGGAAUUGGAAGCUAUUAAAGCUCGUGUCAGAGAAAUGGAGGAAGAAGCAGAAAAAUUAAAACAGUUACAAUCUGAAGUGGAUAAACAAAUGAACAUGGGUAGUCCACCUGGUAUAACAAGUCCAUUAAAUAUGUCACUUGAAGAUAAAAAAGAAGUUGAUAAUAGAUCUAUUUAUGUUGGUAAUGUCGACUAUGGCGCUACAGCAGAAGAAUUAGAGCAACAUUUUCAUGGUUGUGGUAGUGUUAACCGAGUAACCAUACUGUGCAAUAAGUUUGACGGGCAUCCCAAGGGAUUUGCUUAUAUCGAAUUCGCAGAACGUGAUUCUGUACAAACAGCUAUGGCAAUGGAUGAGUCUAUGUUUAGAGGGAGACAAAUUAAAGUAAUGCCUAAAAGAACAAACAGACCAGGAUUGUCUGUAACAAACAGAGGACCACGAGGAACACGAGGCUACCGAGGUAUGGCCAGGGGAAUUGUACGUGGCAGUGCAUACUUUGGCUAUAGACCUACAAGACGACCUAGGAGUUACAAACGGGGUUACUACAUGCCGUAUUGACCGUUUUAAAGGAUUUUACUACUAUUUUACAAAUUAAG